AAUGAGAGAAUCCGAUCUGAUAGCAGAUAUGUUAACUGGACUUUUUCCACACAGACUCAUCAUAUGCGUUCCAGUCGAGCAUCAUUGCACUCUAGAUUGCGAUGGAAUGGAUUACUUUAAUUUUGACUGUGUCAAUUGUUAUUAUUUCUUUUCAUCUUAUUUUUGGUAAAAGUCACCCCAAUGCUCCUCCAUGCAUAAGAGGUUGGAUACCUUGGUUUGGUGCUGCUUUUGAAUUUGGCAAAGCACCUUUGCAUUUCAUCCAGCAAGCCAGAGCCAAAUAUGGACCAGUUUUCACUGUUGUAGCUGCUGGGAAGAGACUGACGUUUGUGACCCUAAAUGAGGACUUCCGAGCUUUUUUCACUUCCAAAGAUGUUGAUUUUGAACAAGCAGUGCAAGAACCUGUUUACAACACAGCUUCUAUCAGCAAAGACAGUUUCUUUAAGACCCAUCCGACCUGUAUCAGCAUAAUCAAGGGCAGACUGACUCCGGGCAACGCAGCAAUGCUCUCCGCUCAUCUCUGUGAAGAAUUUAAUGACCAUUUGGAGAGCCUUGGAAGCGAAGGAUCUGGACAGCUAAAUGAGCUCAUCAAGAGUGUUAUGUAUCCAGCAGUGAUGUGUAACUUACUGGGUCGAUGUAACUCCCCCAGUAGUGCCCUAUCCAGGCAGGAGUUCCUUGAGAAGUUCACAACAUAUGAUGAUGGAUUUGAGUAUGGCUCCCAACUCCCAGACAUGUUCCUGAAGGAAUGGGCAAAGUCAAAGCAAUGGCUCAUUUCUCUGCUAAGAAAUAUGGUUGCCAAUGCAGAGGAGACUCUCUACAGUGAGAGUUAUGGAAAGACUUUACUACAGCACCUGACUACUUCAGUAUCUGACAAAUAUCUACCAAAUUAUGGUUUACUUUUGCUUUGGGCUUCCCUGGCAAAUGCUAUACCAAUAACAUUUUGGACCAUUGCUUUUAUCGUGUCCAAUCCUGAAGUGUAUAAGAUUGCAAUGGAUCAGAUCAGUACUGCCCUCGGAGACCAAGACAAGGACAAGACAAAGGUGACCCUAGAUGACUUAAAGCGGAUCCCAUAUGUGAAGUGGUGUAUCAUGGAAGGCAUUCGGCUGAGGGCCCCUGGAGCCAUCACUCGUAAAGUAGUGCGACCUCUCAAAUUACAGAAUUAUAUUAUCCCACCUGGAGACAUGCUGAUGUUGUCUCCUUACUGGGCUCACCGAAACCCCAAGUAUUUCCCAGACCCGGACGAUUUCAAACCUGAACGAUGGGAAAAGGCAGAUUUAGAAAAGAAUGUCCUCUUGGAAGGGUUUGUGGCAUUUGGAGGGGGGAAAAAUCAGUGCCCAGGAAGGUGGUAUGCCAUUAUGGAAUUGCAUAUGUUUGUUGCCCUCAUCCUCCACAAGUUUGAAUUCACCCUGUUGGAUCCAGUGCCUAAACCGAGCCCUCUGCAUUUGGUGGGAACCCAGCAGCCAGAUGGACCCUGUACAGUGAGAUACAAGCACAGAUAGAGCGCAUGGGUUCAGAGGGCUGUGCUACUGCUUUAGAGCUCUGUUGACAGUCUUGACAUAAGGGUUGUGGAGAUCAACCGCAUAAUAUCCUGGGCUGAGCUUCAGAGCUUCUACGCUGAAUGUUAAACAGUGACUUGGACACAGGCUAAUACUAAAUCAGAAAGUCAGACAAUGCUAAAGGUACAGUAAUUUAGGAUAUUAGUUGUUUAUAUUACAGUUUUGUUGGGUUAACCAUAACUGAUGGCUUAUAUAUGUCAGAAAGCAUGAGGUUGUGGAAAUUCCUCUCUCGAACUGAGAGACUACAUCAUUUUCAGGAUGUAUGAAGUAAACAAAAUGUGAUGCCGUAUGCGACCGCAUAUUACAGCUAAACAUCUUGUGCAUGAUAUGGACAAAGUAAAGACAAAGUUUAUAGACAAUUUAACUAAGUGGAGGUUACAGAAAUAUGUAAACACAUUAUUACAUGUAUAAACACUGUGCUUCUUUUCUGUAGUGGUGAAAAGGAUUGUUUCUAUAAACACAUCUGUCUAAUAGUCUGUAAGUUCUUCACUGCAUCUGUGUACACUCAUUUUUGGAUAAAACAUUACAUGAGACAAGUUAUUGAGCAAUUGUAUGUGCUUGGGUGCAAGCAUCUUUAAUUUGUAAGGCAAACAGAAUGUUUACAUUAAUUAAAUAUGAUGAUGUACUUGAUCGGAUUUGUAUACAUUUGGAAGGACUGUGUUUCUUUCAAUAAAGGACAAGUUUAAUUGUGUUUCAAUAAAUAACAUGUUUUGCUGCA